AUGUUGGCAAAUGUCCGCUCCCUCGACAACAAGAUGGACUACCUCAGAGCGUGGAUAGCCUCCCAACGAAGCGUGAAGAACUGCUGUGUCUACGUCCUAACGGAGACCUGGCUGAAUCAGAACAUCACAGACGCUGCGAUCCAGUUGGAGGGACUUAUGCUAUACAGAGCUGAUAGAGUAGCUUCGCUAGCUGAGCUAAUGACUAUGAAAUGCCGACCCUUCUACUUACCCAGGGAGCUAACGGCAGUCUUCAUAACGGCCGUCUAUGUACCACCGAGCGCGGACGUGAAGAAUGCUAUGACAGAGCUCUACAACAACAUCAGUGAGCAGCAGAGGGAACAUCCAGAUGCUUUCUUCAUGGCAGCUGGGGAUUUCAACCAGGUAAAGUCUCUGCUGGUGUACGACCGUCAAUCUCUCCAAGAUCUACGACAUAAUGUCGGUGCGUUUGAAUAUAAUACCCUGCCACCGUUCUUACCCGGAAUCUCGACUCACCUGGACUGGGCCUUGCCUCGAAGGAAGCGUCGCCUUCGCCGUGGAAAGCGCGGCGGUCGACUGAGGGCUGCCCGCCUGCUACGGCCCGGAAAACUGGCCGGACACGCCGCCUCGGAGGGGACGGGGGCGGUCGCCGGGUGUGCCGGCUGCUUCAGGUUGCUCCUUUCUCCCCCCCCCCCCCUACCCUCUUACGAUCGGAGGCUGCAGCGGGACCGGCUCCGCUCCCCCUGCUCUCCUCGGCCCCGCCAUCGCGGGGUGAAUAUCCGGAACCUGCGGACACUGCCCCGGGCUCCCCGAUCUGCAGACCUAAAGAGUCCAUCACCUUCCCGGGUUGGCCUGGUGAACGCCAGAUCGCUGGCAAACAAAACUUUUAUUUUGAGGGAUUUCUUCUGCUCCCGGCCCCUGGACUUCCUCUGUGUGACAGAGAAUUGGAUCGGUCCUGGUGAGUGCAGCGCUUUUACUGAACUUUUGCAGGCGGGCUGCUCUUAUUUCAACUCGCCACGGAUGUCGGGCCGUGGAGGUGGAAUUGCAGUCAUUUAUAAAAGCAAUUUUAAAUUCAAACAGUGCACUGCAUUAUCAACGUUCUCCAGCUUUGAGGCUACUUUAUUUGAGGUGGGUCGCUCCGACACGGUGCUUUGUGCUGUCAUCUACCGACCCCCCAAAUACCACAAGGACUUUGUGACUGACUUUUCUGAGUUUCUGGCUGGGAUUAUGCCCAACUAUGACCGUAUCCUUAUGGUCCCUCCACUUCUUUUUAAAGAGGUUUUCCCGAGUAUAGGGCAGUCGGUUCUUGCCAUCAUAAACAGUAGCUUGUGUUCUGGGGUUGUCCCCAUAAAUUUUAAACAUGCUGUAGUGCAACCACUACUUAAGAAACCAGGCCUGGAUCAAACUGAUCUGGCCAAUUUUAGGCCGAUCUCCAAGUUGCCUUACUCUAAGAUCAUGGAGAAAGUAGUUUAUGCUCAGCUGAAACUCUUCCUGGAUGAGCACAAUAUUCGGGAGGUUUUCCAGUCUGGAUUCAAGGCUAUGCAUAGCAUAGAGUCGGCUCUGCUAAGGGUCUUCAACGACAUCCUCCUGGCAAACGACUCUGGUAAUUAUGUGGUUCUUGUCUUGCUGGACCUAUCUGCCGCCUUAGAUACAGUGGACCAUGGAAUUUUAAUUUCCCGAUUACAGCACCAAGUGGGCAUUUGUGGCAGUGCCCUGGGAUGGUUCAGGUCCUAUCUGGCAGACAGAACCAUGCGUGUAAGCCUUGCUGGCUUUGAAUCCUCAUCCACUCCCUUGGCAUAUGGGGUUCCACAGGGCUCAAUUUUAGGGCCCCCGCUCUUCUCUUUAUACCUACUUCCUCUGGGCUCAAUUUUAAGAAGGCAUGGCAUCUCCUUUCACUUUUAUGCAGAUGAUAGCCAGUUAUAUAUGCCACUCAGAAAAGAAGACGACUAUUCUCUAAAAUCACUUCUGUCUUGUCUUGAGGACAUUAAGUCCUGGAUGGCCUUAAACUUUCUGGGACUUAAUGAAGAGAAGACAGAGGUGAUUUUGUUUGGCCCCAAUGGCUGCCGUGAACCUCCCUUUGUUGACUUGGGUCCACUGGCAUUGUCUGUAAAGCCAACCGUUUUGAACCUGGGUUUUAGGAUGGAUGGUGAUUUUAAACUAGAUAAACAAAUAGGCGCGGUGGUUAAGUCCAGCUUCUUUCACCUAAGGAAGCUCGCAAAGGUGAAGCCCAUUCUCGAGCGGCAGCAUUUUGAAACAGUAAUCCAUGCCUUUAUUACCUCUAGGCUGGAUUACUGUAACGCACUCUACUCUGGAGUCGCACGAGCUUCAUUGGCUCGUCUCCAGCUUGUUCAAAAUGCUGCCGUUCGACUUUUGACCGGAACUCGAAAGAGGGAGCACAUUACGCCAAUUUUGGCCUCCCUUCACUGGCUCCCAGUGCACUUUCGAGUUCAUUUCAAAAUUAUUUUAUUUGUUUUUAAAUCAUUGAAUGGGCUCGCCCCGCUUUACCUCUCUGAGCUGCUCCACCUAUAUGCUCCUGCCCGGUGCCUCAGGUCAGCUGAUCAGCUGCUCCUUGAGGUACCAAGGUCUAAGCGGAAGCUCAGAGGGGAUAGAGCCUUUUCUGUUGCUGCUCCGGCACUCUGGAACACCUUGCCGCUGCACAUCAGACAGGCCCCCUCACUGUCCAUCUUCAAAUCCUCCCUA